UUUAUUUAUGGCAAAGAGUAUAAUAAUAUAUGUAUAGUAAAUUUAUGGUUUAUUUACACAUUUAUCAGCUUUUCUUAUCCUUCCUGUCAAACUUGCUCCUCAUUGUUCACAUCAUUGUUCAUGCUUCCGUUUAAAUUCCUCUAUUUCGUUUUAUCUAAGGUUUUACAUUGUAGAAGUGGAAAGUAACUCAUAGCUUUUUUAACUGAUAGUAUUUUGCUAAUGGACGCGUAGAAGAUCAAGAAGGUGAUUCAAAUUAUUUAGGAGCAAAAACUACCUGAACUGCUACUAGGAUUUGGGCUGCCCAAAAUAAAUGAACACAAUGAACGUGGAUUUAAAGCAGACGUUUGCGCGCAUCAAGCCAGUGUGCGAUAUUGUGAUGAUGUGCCCCAACGCGGACUCCAUCGCGCAGUUCACCAGCCGCGUCGGCGAGCUGAAGAAGGAGGCCGUGCAGGAGCUGCAACAGUACCUCUUGUUCCCAUUCAUAACCCAUAUAAAGUCUACUGAAAUUGAGAAAAAAUAUGAGCUCCAGUGGAGGAUAAUAGAUGCUAUACGAGUGGUGCUGGAAAAAGUAACCGUGAUGAGCUUCGAGAUGUGCAUUAAGAUAGAAACAGGGCUGCUCAGCCUGGUGUUCGACAACUCCAAACCUGGCAUGAUUGCGGAUGUGCCAGAAGAGCUAAAGCACUCUGUUAUGAAGUGCCUCACAGUGCUAAUGUUGCACAUCGACGACCGCGUUCGUAACAAGAUGCUUCGCACGCAGGUGCCGCUUAUCGCGCAGGCUGUCUUCGUAUCCGUUCAUCUUGCCAAGCUGGAGAGGCUCAGGGCACUGAGACUGGCAGCCAUCGACUCCGUAACAGCGCACACCGCCUGCCACCGCCAACUGACGGACGCGUACCACAUAAAGGACAUACCGUUGGAGACGCUGGUGGUGGACAUGCUGGCCAGCAUCCUGCCCGGCGUCCUGGCCGCGCUGCAGGACGUAGCCACCUGCCCCGACAACCCCGGACACGCGGUGCAAGUGGCAGCAAUUGACGCGAUACACCGCAUACUGUGUCUCACGAUGAACGACAAGUACUUGCUCAAGCACUCGACCAUAACGGCCGAGGACUUCGCUAAGAUGGUCAUAGACAAGCGAAAACCUAACAAAGAAGUAAGCAGUAAGGAAAAGAAUCCCAAGGAGAUAUCCAAACGUUCGGCGGAGUGGUUCGCGAUGGCGGGCGAGAAGCUGGUGCUGAUCAGCAAGAGUUUGUCGGAGCUGAUCACGGACGAUCACCCUAAAGUGCGCCGCGAGCUCGGCGUGUAUUGUGCCAGGCUGCUUACAGAGUGCCACCAAACAAUGCAGCCAUCCGUUUCCAUCGCACUCGACCUGUUACUAGCGCUCUCCGGCGACUCGCACCCCGAGGUGUCAGAGUAUUGCUCGAGCGCGGUGCGCGCGCACUGCGGCCGCCACGUGGCCGACAGCCUGCGGGACAAGUUCGCGAGCGCCGUCACCGGCCUGCCGCGGGUGCUGAACAACGUCGAUUCCGCCCGUAAACUAACAGCGCUCAACAUGUUAUACGGUUAUAUCGAGGUGAUGAUGGACUCGGCACAACCACAGACGCUGACCGCAGCCCUCAGUACCGAGCACUCACUCCAGAGCUUGGUGUCCGCGCUGCUGGAGGCGGCCGCGCUGCACACUGACCUCGUGCUUCUCGCACGGCACACGAGAGAUGAGCCCACAACAGCGCCGACAUCAUCGCCGUGGCUGAAGCUGCGGCACCUGGACGGCGCGGCGGUCGCUCGGCUGUGGAGCAUAGCGCGGCUGCUAGGCGGCGCCGAGUGCGCCUCGCUGCUGCUCGACCGUCUCUCGCCGCACUCGGCCGAGAGCGCCGCGCUGGCCAACACCCUCGCGUCAGGCGGCGCCGAGUGCGCCUCGCUGCUGCUCGACCGUCUCUCGCCGCACUCGGCCGAGAGCGCCGCGCUGGCCAACACCCUCGCCCUGGCGCGGCUGCUGGGCGGCGCCGAGUGCGCCUCGCUGCUGCUCGACCGUCUCUCGCCGCACUCGGCCGAGAGCGCCGCGCUGGCCAACACCCUCGCGUCAGGACGGCCGUGGAGCCUGGCGCGGCUGCUGGGCGGCGCCGAGUGCGCCUCGCUGCUGCUCGACCGUCUCUCGCCGCACUCGGCCGAGAGCGCCGCGCUGGCCAACACCCUCGCGUCAGCUCCAAACGCCCCAGCGGAAUUGGCGCAGCGCGUGCUCAGUGCGUACACGGAGGAAAGUGUGUGGUACCUGCCACUAGAGGUGGGCAGUGAAGAGCCGCCCUCCACGGACGAGACUCUCGACCCCUCCGUGUACGACCCCCGCGCCUGGACCAAGGACAGCGUGCCAGGCCUAUACGAGGGCGCGACUGAGACGCGCUACACGGGCAUCAGCUACCUGGCGCCGCGCAGCCCCCGCCGCGCCGGCGCCGGCGCCUGCGCCUGCGCCUGCGCCACGCGAGCCGAGGCGCAGCGCAACAUGGCGCUCGCCUGCAUCCUCACCGAGGGCGUCGGCCUCAUGGCGAGGAGGCUCAUGGCAGACUUCCAGCCCUAUCUGCUCAAAACGCUCUGUCUGAUAUUGGAGAGAGUCGGUAGUAGGUACGAGAUGCUUCACCUAGCCGGCGUGAAGGCCAUUAACGACAUCGCGACGGCGUGCGGCCGCGACUCCGUGCCCGACCUCAUCCGCUGCAACGCCGACUACUUCACGCACCAAAUCUCCGUCCGGCUAAAAAAGGCUUGGAACACCGAGUCAGCACUUCAAAUCCUGUCAGUGGUUAUGCAGUACAGUGACGCGAGUAUACUGGACUGUCUUUAUGGAAUAGUGGAAGAUGUUCUAGUUCAGAGUUUGGAUAAAUAUCACGAAAAAAACUUACAAGCGUACCUUCAAGUGUUCCUGACAUUCAUAACUUGUAUCCGAAAAUGGUUUCCUGCGGAGGAUGAAUCAAAAACGACAGAAAAAAAGAAAAGUGAAAAGGAACAAGAAAUUGACGUGUUAAAGGACCUGAUGGAAUAUCUGGCGCAUACUAAGGAGAUGGACAAGCUGAUGAAUAACGAGGAGGCGGAGACGACGCAAAGCGCAGAAGAGAUGUAUAAAGAAGAUCAAAAAAUGAGAGAGGAAGGAAUUCUGGAUUAUGAUGAUAAAGUUACAGAGGAAACCCCUCCCCUGCCGCGGCAUAUCGUCGUGACGCAAACUAUUCUGAAGCGGUGCCUCAACUUCCUUACGUCGAAGAAUACCGAGGUGGCCAUCCUAGCGCUGCAGAUCCUAAAGUCGGGUUUCCCGAUCCUGGUGUCGUGGCCGGACUCGCUGCUGCCGCUGGCGCACUCGUGCUGGGCGCCGCUGGCCGCGCGCUGCGCCGGCGCGGAGGACGCCGUGGUGCUGCGCCAAGCACUCGAACUUCUGGUUACUAUGGCGGCGCUGGCUAAGGACUUUCUCAGACAACGGGCGGCUACGGACGUGUUACCUCACAUAUAUGUGUUCCUGCACAAGUCGGCGCGUGAGAGCCACCUGAAAGACGCGGGCGCCGCAUACCGCAGCUCUGCCGCAUUCCGGCUACAGGCGAGCGCGCUCAACGCGCUCCGUACCCUGGCGUCAGACCUGGUGCUGGAGGCCGAGCGCCUGGAGGACGCCAUGGCGUGUGUCGACGACUACCUCAGCAGCAAGCAGCCCAGGCCUCUGCAGGUACUGAGUCAUAUAGUGACCGCCUCAUUGCAGGCGAGCUACGUACUCUGGCGUCAAACCUGGUGCAGGAGGCCGAGCGCCUGGAGGACGCCAUGGCGUGUGUCGACGACUACCUCAGCAGCAAGCAGCCCAGGCCUCUGCAGGUACUGGCGAGCUACGUACUCUGGCGUCAAACCUGGUGCAGGAGGCCGAGCGCCUGGAGGACGCCAUGGCGUGUGUCGACGACUACCUCAGCAGCAAGCAGCCCAGGCCUCUGCAGGUACUGAGUCAUAUAGUGACCGCCUCAUUGCAGGCGAGCUACGUACUCUGGCGUCAAACCUGGUGCAGGAGGCCGAGCGCCUGGAGGACGCCAUGGCGUGUGUCGACGACUACCUCAGCAGCAAGCAGCCCAGGCCUCUGCAGGAGCUUGCUGUGAAGUUCUUCAUAGCAAUGCUGGAAUACGACUAUGGCGCGAGCUGGUACCACCUGCGCGCGCUCGCCGGCAACGAGUGCGUGCUGCACCCGCCCGACUCCAAGGCCAUUGACCUGGUGCCCAUCAUCGGCACCCCCUACAGCCCAACCAACAAGGACUUCGAGCGUAACCUGGCGCUAGUGUUCGCGGGGCAACACCGCCAUGGCUAGCACAUGCCGUGUCUGCGGAAAUGCAGACGCGGCAAACGAAAACUUGCACGGUAAACUGAUUCGAAGGGAUAAACUACUGUUCAUUCCAUCACGUUUAAUGCGAUUUCCCGCGUAAUACACCAUUUUACACUGGUCCUUGUUUCACGUUUUACUUUGUCCCUUCAGAAACUUCGCCGAUUUUUUGACACAGUUUAUGAAAAAAUUGUACAGUCGCCAUCAGAUAUAUCGAAGUGCAAAAAAAUAUCUGAACAUGCACUAUAACGUCGUUAUAAUAGAGGUUAUGUUUAUUUGUGAACACCAUGGCCGAUCCGAUAUAUCUGAUGGUGCCUGUAUGAUGUAAUGUAUGACUGUAUGAUUGUAUAAAAUGUUAGGCAAAAUUAAAUUCUAAUAAUAAAAAUACAGUAAAGUAAUACAUUCGUUACAUUACAUUCAAUAAGAAGUUGUAAUUGGAACAUGUAUCAUAAUAUUCACGAAAUAUUAGCGUGACAGUUGUAAAUGUUAUUGUUAAAAUUUAAUAAAAAAUCUCAAUGACUUAAUAAAACGAUAAAAACGCACUACACACUUAUAAAUUGGAUAAAAUGGCGUGAUUAUACUUGAUGAAACCCAGCCGUUUACGUGGAUAACUGUAUUAGUGGUCUGUGUUUAUUAAUACUGUUACUGUGUCAUCAUGUGUAGGUUGAUAGAUUGGUGUUUCAAAAUUUUAAAAUUGAUCUGCCGCCUCGCCUACUACUAUUUGUAAAAUUUUCGGAAUAAAGAUGACGUAAGUCCUUUAAGGGUAGUAGGUAUAGGUAAGUACAGCCUUGUACGUCCCAAUGUGAUUAAUUAUGGAAAAAAUGGUGAAACCAUUUUGUAGAACGUAAGUUUAUUGCCAUUAUAAAUGUUCCCCUUAUGUUGUUUAGGAUCUCUGUAUAGUUAUUUAGUCUGUAUAAUAACUGUGGAUAUGUUUUUUUAAAAUAAAGAUGAAUUUUAAUAAAA